CGGCCAGACGACAUCAGCCACACUUCGCAGGAGCUGCCGCCGUCAUGGGCAACCUGGUGUCGGCGAGCGCGGGCGGCGGCGGGAAGAUCGUGCUGCCGGACGGGAGCGUCCGGGCUUUGGGCGAGGGCGAGACCGUGUCCGUGGCCGAGCUCAUGGUGGAGCACCCGCGCCACUUCGUCGUGGACGCGCGCCUCGCGGCGGCCGGCGGCGCCAAGGUCGCCGCGCUGCCGGCCGACCACCUGCUGGACGGUGCCGGGGUGUACGUCGUGCUCCCGGCCACCAGGGGCAGGGUCUCCGCCGACGAGGCCCGGCGAGCGCUCACGGCGUCGCGGCUGCUUGCGUGGUGCCGGUCGAUGCCGGUCAGCGCGCAGGAGCAGCGGGACGAGGCGGCGCCGUUGCUGGGCGGGCUCGGUGGCCACCAGCCGGUGUUCCUGAGCCAGGAGCUGACGCGCAGCGGGCCAUGGAAGCCCACCUUGAGGACGAUCGAAGAGCGCGUGCUGCCGAGGAAGGUGCCUCACUGGCUCUUCUGACGCCAAUCGACUCGUGCAACUGCAAACGAAUGUGAUCUGUGUGGGAAGCUCUUGUUUAAAAAUAAAAAAUGGCAUGUGAUUAGAGACUUUUUGAACCGAUUUGGUGCUGCAUAUA